ACCCAGAAGGACAUGCUGCCGCCUGGGCGCAAUGGCACCGCGCAUCGGGUGCGAUUGGGGCUGCUGCGGCAGCUGGCGCAGGCGGGCGCCCCAGAGGACUCAGCGGCCCAGCUGGGACCCGCGCAGGUGGUUACCGCCGGCCUCCUGACUCUCCUCAUAGUCUGGACCUUGCUUGGCAAUGUGCUAGUGUGUGCAGCCAUCGUACGCAGCCGCCACCUGCGCGCCAAGAUGACCAACAUCUUCAUCGUAUCCUUAGCAGUCUCGGAUCUCUUCGUGGCAUUGCUGGUCAUGCCCUGGAAAGCCGUGGCUGAGGUGGCUGGGUACUGGCCCUUUGGGGCUUUUUGCGAUGUGUGGGUGGCCUUUGACAUCAUGUGUUCCACUGCCUCCAUCCUGAAUCUGUGUAUCAUCAGUGUAGACCGCUACUGGGCUAUCUCCAGGCCCUUCCGCUACGAGCGCAAGAUGACCCAGCGCGUAGCCCUGGUCAUGGUGGGCCUGGUUUGGGCCUUGUCCAUCCUCAUUUCCUUCAUUCCUGUCCAACUCAAUUGGCACAGAGACAACAAGGCAGGCUCCCAGGGCCGAGAGGGCCUACUGUCCAAUGGGACUCCCUGGGAGGAAGGCUGGGAGCGAGAAGGCAGGGCGGAGAACUGUGACUCCAGCCUGAACCGAACUUACGCCAUCUCCUCCUCGCUCAUUAGCUUCUACAUCCCGGUGGCCAUCAUGAUCGUGACCUACACACGCAUCUACCGCAUUGCCCAGGUGCAGAUCCGCCGAAUCUCCUCCCUGGAGAGGGCAGCUGAGCAUGCUCAGAGCUGUCGAAGUCGCGGGGCCUACGAACCUGACCCCAGCCUGCGAGCAUCCAUCAAGAAGGAGACCAAGGUUUUCAAGACACUGUCAGUGAUCAUGGGGGUCUUCGUGUGUUGUUGGUUACCUUUCUUUAUCCUGAACUGCAUGGUUCCUUUCUGCAGCAGUGGGGAUGCCCAGGGCCCAAGGACUGGCUUCCCUUGUGUCAGUGAGACCACCUUUGACAUAUUCGUCUGGUUUGGCUGGGCCAACUCCUCUCUCAACCCCAUCAUCUAUGCCUUCAACGCUGACUUCCGGAAGGUGUUUGCCCAGUUGCUGGGGUGCAACCACCUCUGCUUCCGGACCCCCGUGCAGACUGUGAACAUCAGCAAUGAACUCAUCUCCUACAAUCAAGACACCGUCUUCCAUAAGGAGAUCGCCGCUGCCUAUGUCCACAUGAUCCCCAAUGUGGUGUCCUCUGCAGACAGGGAGGUGGAUGAGGAAGAGGAGGGGCCUUCUGAUCACAUGUCCCAAAUCUCUCCAACCACCCCAGACGGUUGUGAACCGGCUGCCCACUCUGUCUGGGAGCUUAACUGUGAGGAGGAGGAGGUUUCCUUAGGCAAAAUCUCCCCUCUCACCCCCAACUGUUUCCAUAAAACUGCUUAGAAACAUCCUCAUGGGAAUAUAAAACUGCAGCCAUUUUAGCAGGCAUACACACACACACACACACACACACACACACACACACAC